AUGGCUCUCUCUGCAUUCUCAGUUCCUGCUCAUGCAAACAGGGCCGCAUGCUCAGAUCUUCAAAAAUACAGUUAUGUUUAUCCUCAUUUCUUAUGGAGAACAGAUCUGUUGGGGCAAUCUCCACAUAGGAUUAAUCAGGCAAAGGGCAAGAAAAAGUCAGGUGGAGUUUCUGCAUCACUGUCAGAGCGAGGAGAGUAUCAUUCACAGAGACCAGCAACACCUCUCUUGGACACUAUCAACUAUCCAAUUCAUAUGAAAAAUCUAUCAAUCAAGGAAUUAAAGCAACUAGCAGAUGAGCUGCGGUCCGAUGUUAUUUUCAAUGUUUCUAGAACUGGGGGUCACUUGGGAUCAAGCCUUGGUGUUGUUGAACUUACUGUGGCUCUUCACUAUGUUUUCAAUACUCCUCAAGAUAAGAUACUGUGGGAUGUUGGCCAUCAGUCCUAUCCACACAAAAUCCUGACUGGAAGAAGAGACAAGAUGCACACGAUGAGACAAACUAAUGGACUUUCAGGUUUCACCAAGCGAUCUGAGAGUGAAUAUGAUUGCUUUGGCACUGGCCAUAGCUCUACCACUAUUUCUGCAGGCUUAGGAAUGGCAGUGGGAAGAGAUCUAAAAGGAAGAAAGAACAAUGUUGUUGCUGUUAUAGGUGAUGGUGCCAUGACAGCUGGACAAGCUUAUGAAGCUAUGAACAAUGCAGGGUACCUGGACUCUGAUAUGAUUGUUAUUCUUAAUGACAACAAACAAGUUUCUUUACCAACUGCUACACUUGAUGGACCAAUACCACCUGUGGGAGCUUUGAGCAGUGCUCUUAGCAGGUUGCAAUCAAAUAGGCCUCUAAGAGAACUACGAGAGGUUGCUAAGGGUGUCACAAAGCAGAUUGGUGGACCAAUGCAUGAGCUGGCAGCAAAGGUUGAUGAAUAUGCUCGUGGUAUGAUCAGUGGUUCUGGAUCAACCCUCUUUGAAGAGCUUGGAUUAUAUUAUAUUGGUCCUGUUGAUGGCCACAACAUAGAUGAUCUUGUUGAUAUCCUCAAAGAGGUUAAAAGUACUAAAACAAUUGGUCCAGUCUUGAUCCAUGUUGUCACUGAGAAAGGUCGAGGAUAUCCAUAUGCUGAGAAAGCUGCAGACAAGUACCAUGGAGUGGCCAAGUUUGAUCCAGCAACUGGGAAGCAAUUCAAGUCCAGUGGCGCUACACAGUCUUAUACAACAUACUUUGCAGAGGCUUUGAUUGCGGAAGCUGAAGUGGACAAGGAUAUUGUUGCAAUUCAUGCUGCAAUGGGAGGAGGAACAGGCUUAAAUCUCUUCCUUCGCCGUUUCCCCUCAAGAUGCUUUGAUGUUGGGAUAGCAGAACAGCAUGCUGUUACAUUUGCUGCUGGACUAGCCUGUGAAGGCCUUAAACCUUUUUGUGCAAUCUAUUCAUCUUUCAUGCAGAGGGCUUAUGACCAGGUAGUACAUGAUGUGGAUUUGCAGAAACUUCCUGUAAGAUUUGCGAUGGACAGAGCUGGCCUUGUUGGAGCAGAUGGUCCCACACAUUGUGGAGCUUUUGAUGUCACGUUUAUGGCAUGCCUUCCUAACAUGGUGGUGAUGGCUCCUUCUGAUGAGGCAGAACUUUUUAACAUGGUUGCCACAGCUGCUGCAAUAGAUGAUCGUCCUAGCUGUUUCCGGUAUCCAAGAGGCAAUGGUGUUGGCGUUCAGCUGCCACCAGGAAACAAAGGCAUUCCUCUGGAGGUUGGAAAAGGCAGGAUAUUGAUUGAAGGGGAAAGAGUGGCGCUCUUGGGUUAUGGGACAGCAGUUCAGAGCUGUCUAGCUGCUGCCUCUUUAUUAGAACCCCAUGGCCUACGUUUAACAGUUGCAGAUGCUAGAUUUUGUAAACCUUUGGAUCAAGCCCUCAUUCGAAGUCUAGCAAAUUCACAUGAAGUUUUGAUUACAGUAGAAGAAGGCUCAAUUGGGGGCUUUGGAUCUCAUGUCGCCCAUUUUCUGGCUCUUAAUGGCCUUCUUGAUGGCAAGCUUAAGUGGCGACCGCUCGUUCUUCCUGAUCGAUAUGUCGACCAUGGUUCACCAGCUGACCAGUUGAUAGAGGCAGGUUUAACACCAUCACACAUCGCAGCAACAGUACUCAACAUACUUGGAAAUAAAAGAGAAGCUCUGCAAAUAAUGUCAUCAUAAAGAAAGUGAAAAACAUGCCAGCUUUCCAGUUUACAGUUUACACAACAAUGUAAAAUAGAUUUCUUUGGCCAUCCCCCAUUUGUGUACAAAAAUGCAGUUUUAGAAUUAGUAGAUUUAGAGUUGUU